AUGACUGAACUGUAUAAGAAAUUAAAGGACAACUUCUUCGAUCGUUUACCGGAGCCACUACAACUUUUCGGUGAAUUAAAAAAAUGGAAAAACGAAUGUAUUGGUCUUGUGAACAAACCAAAUUAUGUUAACUUAUGGAUGAAUGAUUUACUUAUUAAAUGUGACCGUAUUCUUUAUCCUAAUAUACAUUAUUUACUCGUUUUUCUUGCUACCCCUCCCGUUACUACUAGUUCGGCUGAACGCGCCUUUAGUUCAAUCAAGCGCAUUAAAACUUACUGCAGAUCAACAAUGGUUGAACAGCGGUUAAAUGGACUUGCAGCUGCAUUUAUUCACAAAAAUGUAGAAAUCGAUGCUAAUAAAAUUCUUGAUUUAUUUGCAAAAAAAGCAUCCACGGCGUUUUGA